ACGCUUACAGAUCCACAACAGCGGCUACACUUAGACACAUAUUAAGAUGAUUAUUGGCUUUGUUGCAGGUUUACAGUAACACUGAUGAAAUGUACCCCCCUGUUCCUAAACCUUAGAUACCUGUGCCAUAUGAAAUAACAGUAGUCAUGAGUUGACUGUACUAUAAGAAAGGAUGGAGUUGAAAGAUGGUUGGUGCAUCUCAUGGUUGGUGCCCAGACCCUGUGCCACAGAGGUGAUUUAAUAUGAUUCUGUCAAACAACAUACACACAACCAAUAAUUGACAAAACAAAAAAGAAACAUCUUUAACAUUGUCUUUCCAGAACUAGGUAUCAUAACCGAUACCGAUACCAAAACUACAAGAUGUCUGAGCCUGACGUUGAUUUUACAGAAUACAAAUUGCUAAAUGGAAAACACUGUGUGAGAUUUCUUGCUACAAAACAUGUAUUAUAAUCCUUACCAGAGCCAUGUUGGUGUGUAUGUAGGUGCUGGUCUCAGCACACACUGUGAUGCUGGCACCACAGCCUGCUAACAACCACAUGUCCGUGUCAGUGCCUCUGAUGAGCUAAUCUAGUGGUCAGCGUGGCGACGAGAUCCCCAGCUGAGAGAUGGCCUUCUUCAAGAGCUUCCAGCACAACCUCCCAUCUGUCAACAUUUCCUCCAUCUUGGACUCGGUCACGAGUCGCGUGGACGACUUGGCCAACGCAGUCAGCGAUGUCACUUACGCUGUCAGCGACCAGCUGACAGAGCAGGUCACCACUAUCAUCAACAAGGUGGAUGAAGGCGGUGAAAACAACAGCAGCGGUAGGAGUCCUGGUCAGACUUCCACAGCACAGGAAGGAAAGGCCAGCAAUAAAAGCAUGUGGCAAAUGUCUAGAGACUCUGACACAAGUAACACAGUUUCAAAAAACAACCAAACCAGUGAUUCAACAGAGGUCGAGCACACUCAGAGCCAGCUGGAGUGGGAAUGGAGGGACGGGUGCUGGCGAGUUAAAAAGACAGAAGCUGAGUUAGCAGAGGAAGAGAAGAGGAAGAAAGAGGAGAGGGAGCAGCAGGAAAAGAGAGAGCAGAGGAGAAAAGAAAGGAGGGAGAGGCAGCUGAAGAAAGAGGAAGAGUCUCAGAGAAAGAAAGAGGAAGAGGAGGAAGCUGAGGAGAAAACAGAUGACAGCAGCGGACAAGACAGAAAGGCGAGUGACAGUGGAGCUGCUCAGCAGAGAAGUGAUGACUGUGAUGAAGCUCCUCAUUCACCCAGUCCUGAAACUGAAAGCAGGCUAUCAAAACAGAAAAAGCAAAAAGAGGGAGAGGGAGAGGAGGAGGAAGAAAUGGAGGAUGGUGUGGAGAGAGAGGGAGACGAUGAGGAGGAGGGUGAACUUUCUAGAACUUCUUCAACAGUAAAAAAGAAAAAGUCAGACAAGAAGAAGAAGGGAAAAGGCGCAAAAGAGGGUUCAAAGAAAUCAGAAAAGGCCUCAGAUGUGGAGAAAAAGAAAGAAGAGAUGGAGGACAGCGUGCAGAGAGAGGGAGAAGAUGAGGAAGAGGGUGAGCUCUCUAGAACCUCUUCAACAGCGAAAAAGAAAAAGUCAGACAAGAAGAAGGGAAAAGAGGAUUCAAAGAAAUCAGACGUGGAGAAAAAGAAAGAGAAAGGCAAGAAGAGCAAGAAAAAAAAGAAAGGCAACCAAGAAGGAGUGGUAUCAGACAGCGAGGAGGACAAAGGCCCAGAGGCGGUGGCCCAGCAGGACACAACCUCUGUGUGGAGCAGCAAACGCAAACAGUCCACUGAGCAGGGAGGGUACAGCAGUGAGGCCUCCAGUGAGCGGGCCAACAGCAUCCAGAGGAUAAAGAAAGAUUCCUCCCUCAGUGAGCUUCAGCCUCCUCCGUACCAGGACAAGGGCUCGGCAGCCUGCGUAUCCUCGCGCUCCCGCUCAGAGCGAGGGGUCAGGAGGGGGUCGUCCCCGCAACGCUGCGACAGCCCCCGCUGCUCCAGCGAGGCCAGCGUGGACCAGGACACAGAGAGCUACCUCAACAAAGGCUGUGAGGAGGACAUACCCAGCGACAGCACUGCUGUUCUGGGACCAGAGGAUGGCUCUGGUCCUCAGCUCCCCACAGCCUACGAGCCAGAGCCCCUUGCCAAAUACGGCACACUGGACGUGGCCUUCGAGUACGACUCCAGCGAGCAGUGGUUGGCCGUCACGGUCACCGCGGCAACGGACAUCCCUGCCCUCAAACAGACGGGAAACAUCUCGUGGCAGGUCCACCUGGUCCUGCUGCCAACCAAGAAGCAACGGGCCAAGACCGGUGUACAGAAGGGCCCGUGUCCUGUCUUCACAGAAACAUUCAAGUUUUCCAGAGUGGAACAGGACGCUCUGGGGGACUACGCUGUUCGCUUCCGCCUGUACAGCAUCAGGCGGAUGAAAAAGGAGAAAGUCCUGGGAGAGAAGGUGUUCUACCUGACUAAGCUCAACCUGCAGGGCAAAAUCGCUUUACCUGUCACCCUGGAGCCAGGCUCUGAGCUUACAGGUUGUGGCUCUCUGGUGAGCGUGUCUCGCAGCGCUGGAGCUCUGUCCUACCGCUCCACCGAGGACUCGUCCUUGCCGGAGAUCCUCCUGGGUCUCAUCUACAACUCCGCCACGGGACGGUUAUCUGCUGAGGUCAUCCAGGGAAGCCACUUCAAAACCACAGCGUCCGAUAAACCCGUCAAUGGUCUUUUUUGUUGUAUAAAACACUUCGUAGGGGGACAGCUUUAUAUCAUGAGAGACACCUAUGUGAAGCUGACCAUGCUAGACUCCAAGGGGAAGGAGAUGUCCAAGUGCAAGACGGCCGUGUGCCGCGGCCAGCCCAACCCCACCUACAAGGAGACGUUCGUGUUCCAGGUGGCGCUCUUCCAGCUGUCCGAGGUGUCCCUGGUGGUGUCGGUGUUCUGCCGGCGGAGCAGCAUGAGGCCCAGGGAGAGGCUGGGCUGGGUCUCCCUGGGCCUCAACAGCACCGGCGAGGAGCAGCAGGCCCACUGGACUGAGAUGAAAGAGGCGGAGGGACAGCAGGUCUGCCACUGGCACACGCUCACCGACACAUAGGAGGAAGACUUACAAAGACUGAGCUUAUAUUAACAGCAUUCCCUGGACAUUCAGAGUUUUUAGGUGGAGCAGGAAGCACCUUGUGAGACAUGUGUGUGGUGUGUGUGUGUGUGCUGCAUACAGGUGUGAGGACGGGCAUGGGUUCCCAGUCUUCACUGCCAGAGACUGCAGGAAUACCCUUUAAUCUGCCACUCCUCUCUGAGGCAGACACACUUGACUUUAUUGGUGGAGGUGUAAACUCCAGCUCCAGCCUUUUUAUUGACAGGAAAAAAAGGCACUGGCAGACUGAAAAAUUAAUGACAUUAUAAUGACUGAACUGAACAAGAACAGAAGGAACCUGUCUGUUUCUCCAGCGACUCAAACUGCAUGUACGCCAACUGUUUACAUGGACAAUGUUAAAGACACUGAACAUUUUUCUGUCUCUGAAACUUGGACCAAAGAGCUCAGCCCAGGACUAGCAGACUCCUCCCUGGGCUUCUCUGGACUUCAGCUGCCACCAGCAUACCAGACAUUUCUCUAUCAGUCAUAGCCAUUGACAAAAAAGAAUGCAAUUAAAAGACUGUUACUAAAGGCCUGUAACAUGCUGCAACUAUGCUUACAAGCUAUGCUUUGUUUACAUGCACAUGACAUUAUGCAAGAUCCAUUCACUGGUUUCCCCCUUUUAUGUGUUUUUUUUUUUUUUUUUUUGGAUUAUGAGUCAAAUGGUUUACCACUUAUUCGGGGUAUGUAUUACACAAAGAUUUCUUUUUUAUUGUGGUCUUGCAUAACUCAGUACACUAUGCAUCUGACGCCACUUUAAACGAGAGGAGUGAAACUCUGUCUUGUGCUCGCUGAGUCUCUUUCAGAAUUGGACACAGCUCUGCAUGCCACUGGUAUCAAAGAGCAGCUUCCUUUCCUGUGUAAUACAGACUGAGCCAGUUUCACCAUUCAGCCUUCUGACAACUCAGCCAUGUUCAUUCAUGUAGAAACAUGGUGCUUCCCGCUGAGGAGGAAUAUGCAAGAGCCUGUGCAGUCCAAUAAACCGGGCUGUUUCUCUGAGGCAGUGUGCCGAUGACAGCCCCGGCUGGGCUCGCUGUGAAGUGAGUCGGAGCGGUGAAAUGAAAUUACAGGAAAUGGUAAAUCAUAUUUUCUCAUUACAAGUGAAUGGAAGGUGUAUUAUUAAAUAAAAGCUAAAAAUAAAUUUAAAAAAAUGUCCAGAA